ACAAUGGGAGGGAGGGUUGUGGGGGGAGUUCAUGAACUCACCUGUGACUGAUACCUGUGUAGAAGAGCCACUUCAUCUCUUAUUGGAAUCACAUCAGAGGGAGCUGACGUAUAGCAUGGAAAUCCAGCUAGCAUCUCUUCCCGUUUGCUAGGAGUGAAAUUGGCAAACAUCGGGUACUGGUCCACAGAGGCGAACUCACUUGCUGCACAUUCAUAGUAGGUACCUGUCAGCAGGGUCACUGUCAGCCAUGUCAGCGGAGCGACCAGAGCCCUCCCAGUGAUGUUGAAGAACAUGAGGCAGGCCAGCCUCCUCUCCAAAGGGCUGCUUCUCCGAUAUGGAGGGGUACAGCUACAGCAGCAGUACUCGCUGGCAACUGCCCACAUUUGACCUCGUAGAGCAUAGCCAGCAAUCAGAAGGAUCAAGGCAGGAACCACAAGAAAAGCUGAACCGUAAUAGAAAUUUUUUCCAACUUGACACGGACAACUGAACGUGUAAGAGGAGAAUAGUUGCUGCCCACAAACAGUCAAAAUCGCUAUCAAAGAAUUGAUGCACGGUUCACUUCUGAGCAGAGAAGAUGGAAUACAGUUCAGAUCUGGGCUCAUUGUGGAAGCUCUGACACAGCCAGCUGGUGGCCCUUUCUGAUGGCUAGACUACCAGCUAGGACCAUUUUAUAGGAUAGCACUGGUUUAACUGGUUGUGUCAAGUAACCCAGACAUCCUUGUAUGUUUAAAGGAUUCUAAGACUCUUCUCAUGUACUUUGUGAAUCCUGAGCUAAUAAAUUCACACCAGAUAGUAGCUGGGAGAGAGAGAGAAGGGAUCUCAGUUUUGUUUGAAAAGAGAACUCGGAGUCUCAUCAGGAAUGACCACAGCACACUUGCCAGACAGAGUCCCUCCAUCUUUCAGUGCACCACUUUGUACCACAGAAAAUGUUAAGCAUCAGACAGCAUGGCCUAAGAAGCAAAGCAGAGACACUCUUAUCUCAGUGACAGAUUCUCCAGACAAAGCAUUACAAAACACAGAGAAAUGCAAAGAGCAAAGGUAGCAGAGCACACUCCUGCAUCAAAGCAAGGAAGAACUCACUAAGACAAAGACCGGAGAGGACUACUGAUGUGCAUCUAAGUCACAGAUGGAAGGAAAGCACUGAAGAUCUCCCCACCCACCAGGAGAGAUGUCUCGUCCUGCACACAAAAGGCCAGAAUAUCACAAAAUAAACAAAGACCUUCUUGUGCUCACCUAUGGAGCUCUGGUUGCCCAGCUAUGCAAGGAUUAUGAAAAAGAUGAGGAUGUGAACAAAUACUUGGAUAAAAUGGGUUACAGUAUUGGAACACGGCUGGUGGAAGAUUUUUUGGCUCGAUCCUGUGUGAGAAGAUGCCAUAGUUAUUCAGAAAUUAUCGAUAUAAUUGCCCAGGCUUGAAAUCUGAAAAGGAAUGACUUUAAAAGCUGAUUAGGACUUAAUUCUAAAGUCAUGUUU